AGGAGUGAGAGAAGGAGGUGAAGUGGAGAGUAAGAGUGUUCCCACUGCCACUAAUGCAGCCUAUGGAGUGGUGUCCCAUGACCAGAGUUCCAGUGGAGAUGUGGCCAUGUAUGAGAUAGUGGGUCAGCCACCAUCAUCUUCAGCCAGACCUACUGCAGACCUUCCCUCUCAUUACCCACACUCAUCCCAGGGACCUCCCCUCACUGACACUCCCUAUGAUGUCAUCGCCAACCAGUAGAAAGACAAGAUGGUUGUGUAGAGGAUAGAUACACGCUGUUUAUCUUUGUAUUUGUCUUCUGUUCUUACUUUAUGACAACAUCUAUUGAAGAAUUCUGAUACACUGUGUUUGUUCUACCUAAUGCCCACUUGGCAUGCUUUGUGUGUGUAGUGACCACGGUUAACAUAGUCAUAGCUAGGGCAAGCAUGGCAGAAGACAGCAUGGCAAAGCUCUGUCUGUUGGUGGUAGUUUUACUGCUAGCAGGAGUUAGCUCUCAGUCCUACCCUCACUUUGAGUUCAGAGGAGAUGUUCUGGUAAACAACUCUUUCAUAGUUCGUGUGUCUCCAGUAAACAUUGGAGAAGGUCACAAUGACUCGCUGCAUUGUGUGACUGACAACUCAGAGUGUUGCAGCAAUGGACAAGGUGAUUGGUAUGAUGAGAUGGGGAGACAAGUCCAGCAGGGAUCAGAUGGAGAGGGUGACCUGUAUGUCACUAGAGGAGAUGGAGUGGUCUAUCUCAACCGCAAAAGAGGAGGAAGUUCAGGAAUGUGGAGAUGUGAUAUACCUGAUAGUAAUGGUGUGAACCAAAGUAUCUACAUCUACCUUGGGACUCCAGAAACAGGUGCAUAUUUCAUACCAAUGAACUUUUACUUCACUCUGGACUCAGAGGCAAAUGAGGAUCCUCCUGAGUUCACUCUCACAUGUCAGAGUAGGGGAGGACCAGUCACAGAGGUAGUGUGGAGCAGGACUACAGGAGGAAACACAGUGACAGUAGAGGAAGACAGUAGCCACACCACCAGUCAGAUCAUAGUGGACACAUCAAGCAACAGUGUCUAUAAUAACACUCUGAGAGUCAGGGGAAGAGAGACAACUGUAGCAUAUGGAUGUACUGUGAGCAACAACAGGCAUGAGUAUGUCCAAGGUUCCAUGCUUGCAUCAGCAGGAGAAUCAUUCGAGCUGCCAUGGAACCUACAAGUGUCAGUGCUACCUACAAGACCCCCACCAGUAUCUCACUAGAGUGGACAUUUGCCAUGACACCCAUCUAUGACUAUAGCUAUGUGGUCUACUAUGAGUCUGGAGGAGAGAGUCACAGUGUGUCCUUCACUGUCAGUGGGAGAUCCAGAGACAAUAGUCAUCUACUGACUGGUCUUCCAGUUGGAGGGAUCCACACUAUCUCUCUAGUGGCUCUGGUAGACCUUCCCAGUCCUGUGGUUGGACCUGUCACUCCUGUGUCAGCGGAGUCUCCAGAGGUGGUGGUGUCAGGAGAAGGGUCAGGAGUGGUGGGACCUCAUACACACUGACAUGUAGAGUCAGUCUACCCAGUGGAGUGGAGCCAGACUCUCUUGAUAUCCAGUGGCUGGGACUACCGCCAACGCACAGCCUGUCAUGACCACUGCUGGAGUCUACAUCAGCAAUCUACACAGCCAAUGGGGUAUCAUCAAGACUAGCACAGGCUACCAUCAACAUCAAUGUUGGUGAGAUGUCAGUGAAGCUGGUUGGUUCAGGAUCAAGGGAAGUAGGUUCAGUCUACACUCUCACCUGCACAGUGGCUCUCUCCCACAGAGCUAGAGACAGCUCUGUCUCCAUCCAGUGGCACGGACCAUCCACUGAUGAACAAACUGUUGACACAACUGACAAUAGAGAGCUCACCAGUCAACUCUCUCUAGACCCACUAUCACUGGCUCAUGGAGGAGACUACACCUGUACUGCCAGCUACACUGUGGAUGGAGGGACAACUGUUACAACAAGUGACACAGAAAGAGUUAUACCCAUUAUUGCACCUCCAUCUGUGGUGCUCAGAAUAAGUGAAGACACUAUCCUAGUAGGAGAAGAUGUGGUAGUAUAUUGUGAUAUUGAUCUGAUUGGAGUGGUGAGAGGAAGAGAUGUAGCAGUGGAGGUGACUUGGUUUCAAGAGGGAGUCCCAGUGAGACCUGACUCAAGACUCACCAUAUCUGGAGCCACUGGUGAUGUGGGUGGUGUACACAGUAGCCUCACAUUCAGUCCUGUCCACUUCUCUGACAUGGCCACAUACGAGUGUCGUGUUACCCUCACUCCUCUCCUGGGACCUGCUAGUCCUGUCUCCUCUUCUGCCUCCAUCUUUCUCAAUAUCUCAGAGCCGGUGGACCCAGUGAGACCAGAAGACGUCACAUUCAGGGAAGUACAGUCAGACAGUGUCACGGUCCAGUGGAGAGUGUCCCACAUAUCCUACUCUCCAGAGACAUAUGUAGUACAUCAAUUGUCUGGUCUGAGAGACAACACCACCUACUAUGUUCAAGUCCUGGCCACCAACACUGCACUCAGAUCUAGUAGGAGCAGUGUUGAGAGCUUCACAACACUUGUCACUCCACAGAUGACAGCAGGAACUGAAAGUAAUGAGUCAGCUUCAAUUGUUGGAGGUAUCCUCUCACUCGUCAUCAUCUUGAUCAUUGGAGUCUCUAUAUUGGGGUUUGUCAUACUUAUUCUUAAGAUACGGACCCUCAAAUUAAAACCAGGAGUGAGAGAAGGAGGUGAAGUGGAGAGUAAGAGUGUUCCCACUGCCACUAAUGCAGCCUAUGGAGUGGUGUCCCAUGACCAGAGUUCCAGUGGAGAUGUGGCCAUGUAUGAGAUAGUGGGUCAGCCACCAUCAUCUUCAGCCAGACCUACUGCACACCCUCCCUCUGAUUACCCACACUCAUCCCAGGGACCUCCCCUCACUGACUCUCCCUAUGAUGUCAUCGCCAACCAGUAGAAAGACUUUGUAUUUGUCUUCUGUUCUUAUAACACGAAAAAUAUCAAAAACAAAAGGAA